CGAUCCCAUGCUUGCUUUCAUGGAGGUUCAAGACAGCAAACUACAGGGCGUCUUGACAUUUGGAGUUGGAUUUGAGCAAUUCAUGUAUUGUAAACGAGACACUUUCAUCAUUCAGAAUUGCGAUACCUCGGAAUGCCACGAGGCCAUGCAGGUAGACGGCUACCUGAGCGUGUGGCGGAAGAGCCAACAUGCGCUCGAGGUCGUGCAACAAUGGCUGAGGGAGUGUCAAGACCUUCAGAGUCUGUCGGAUGAUGAAAACGUCAAGGGUGAACCCAACCUUCCAGGGUAUCGGGCCCAUCGGCACGAUCAAGCGAUCCUCACCAACAUCUUCACGCGCGAGAAAUGGGGGAGGGAAACCCAGCACGGGCCCGUCCAGUUCAUGUUCUCUCAUGACCGAGACAAG